ACAACAUUACCGUUGAAAAAUGCUAAGGUCCUAGGUUAAAUUUAACUAUAUAAGGAAAUUAUCAUGGAGGUUUUUUCAUCAGUAACGUGUACAUUCAUAUUGUUUUUGUUUACGUUACCCGUUUCUAAAGGUCACGGUAUGAUGAUAGAACCUGCCAUGAGGUCAUCUCUGUGGAGAUUCAAUUAUCCUGGUGCCGAACCUAAUUAUAAUGAUAAUGGAGUAAAUUGUGGAGGAUUUACGAAUCAACAUGAGCGUCAGAAUGGCCGCUGUGGAGUAUGUGGUGACCCGUUCCAAGGACCACGGAAUAAUGAGGCCGGUGGAAAGUAUGGCAAAGGGAUAAUAGCCAGGACAUACAAGUCAGGACAAUAUAUAAAAGUAGUUUCAGAUAUAACUGCGAAUCAUGGUGGAUAUAUAGAGCUAAGACUAUGCCCACAUGAUAGCCCUAGGGUACCUGUUACUCAACAGUGUCUAAACCAGUAUAUAUUACAGAUCAAAGGAGAUGGAAAUAGACAUUACUUAACAACCAAUCAAAAGAGUGAUUUUAAAAUAAGACACACUGUAAAACUACCCGACUUUGUCACGUGUAGACAAUGUGUUUUACAAUGGUAUUGGAAGGCCGGACAACAUUCGGGUAUAAAUCCAAUGACCCGCAAGGAAUGCAAAGGUUGUGGGAAACAAGAACAGUUUAUCAAUUGUGCAGAUAUAGCCAUUACUGAUGAGUUUGGUAUGUUUCCAAUGGUAACAAGAGUGCCAAAUUAUCAGGUUACAACGCCCAACCCCAUGUAUGAUUCGUUCAUGUUUCCAACUCAGGGAAUGUUUCCAGAUUAUUAUGACGAAUUUAAUCCAUUCAUGACCACUCCUUCAUAUUUCAAUCCUUUCAACCAACGUUUCAUGAAUAAUGGAAGAAAUUUUGGACAAAACAACAAUAGAUUUAUUGAUAAUAGACGAAAUACCGGAAGAAAUAAAGGACAAUCCAUAAGUAGAAAUUUUAGAGGACCGUUACGAAAUGGUUACCCAACGAUAAACCCAGUACGUCAAAAUAUUCAACAUAAUAGAGGACUUCACAGAGAUGGUUUUAGAAAUGCUAGACCCCAAGGAAAUGGGUUCAAUAAAAACAAAGUUAGUCCCGAUAUUCGAAAUCAAAGACGUCCAUAUAAAAAUAGUAGACCUUUAAUUUCUAGAAACAACAGACCACACGUCAACAUUUAUUCAACUAUUGGUCCUCAAAAAAAUCAAAGGAAAACCAAAUCGAACGCUAUCCGGAAUAUACGACCUAUUCAAAUUGCCCCUUCGAAAAUUCCAACGACAGAUGCUUCAGAGGCAGAUGAUUCGAUGGAAGAAAUGAUGGAUGACGAAGAUAAUUUUCUAUUAAACAGCGCAUUUUGGUCAGACUUCCAUCGCUUGAUCAAUAUGUCCUCACCUGAAACCAAAAAAGCUUUGUAUGAAAUAGCAGAAGAUGCGGAUGACAUUGAAGAGUUCCAUAGAAAUGUGCAAUUGAUGUUACAGAUGCAAACGAUGAUACCGGAUACACAGGGAUCCGUGGACUCCAAAAGUGAAAGUGACGAAUCAUUAGAUAUUGACUGGCUUUUAGCUCAAACAAAGGAUAUAGAUCUAGACAGUGAUGAGAAGAGUUUAUUAGGUCUUAUGAAAGGAGGAUCUACAGAAAGUGAUGAAACGGGAGAUAAACAAAAGGAUUUAGCAAGUAACAAAUAUUUAUCCAAAGGAAAUGAUUUAUACUUCCCAGAUGAAAAUAGAGUUCUUGACGAUUCUGACGAUGAUGAUCUUCACGAUUCUGAUGGUGGUGAUCAUGACGAUGAAGACACUAGUGAUCGUUUUAAUGAUAUUUCUGAUAACAAUUCAAAGGAAAGUGAUAAUUUUGAUUAUACAGAGUCAACAGACGAGAGUUCUGAUAUCGCUUACGCUGACUUAGGUAAAGACUAUGAUAGUGACGACACAGACAAUGAAAUGAAAAUUGACAAUCAUAUGGGCUAUAGGAACAGCCGCACUAAAAAAUAUCUGUCAAAUCACCAAAACCAUAAAGAAUCAGUGGAGCGUGAAAUUAAAUUAUUUCCAGUCGAUGUUAAUCCUUGGAAUGAAAAUUCUCUUUACAGAGCUGAUAAUAUUGAUUAUGAUGACAAGGACGCUGACAUAGAAGGAGACAAGGACUCCGAAAUAGAAAGAGAAAAGGACGCCGACAUAGAAGGAGACAAGGUCAAACCAUAUAACCAUCUGUCAUUCGAUUCACAGCACCCAACUCAAAGCGUCAUGAACACCAUUCCUCGAGAUAAAAUAGAGGUCAAUUAUUUUCAAAGUGAUACACAUGAUUAUACAGAUUCGGAAGUUGACCAAGAAGGUUAUGACAUAGACCAAGUUGAAAAGAAAUGGGAUGAUAUCCCAGAAGAAAAGGAAAAGAAUGAAUUUGAUGACGAUUCCUGGUCGGUAAACACUUUACCGGAUGUUACGGCGUCUACAGUUGUGGUUACUGGUAGACGUAGUAAUGUCAUACGUAAACAUAUGGAAGAUGAAGCUGAAAUACACGAUGAACCAAAUUCCCUGAUUAAUACGAAGGGAGAGAAUAAUGACGAAAACACGGAUAAAAGUAGUCACUUGGAUGAAAAAGAGAAGGGCUCUGAAAAUUCACGAAAAGGUAAAAAAGAUGGAGAUGAAGAAAAUACAAUAAACGAUAUUCAAGGUGAAAAUUCAAAUAAAGAAAUAUUAGAAAACUCGAUUAUGUCAAAUGAAAAUAAGGAAUCAAUUAUGUCGGAAAUUUCUGUAGACACAAAUGAUAAAAUGGAUGACUCGCAAAAUAUCAAAACUGGAGAAAACUUCAUAUCUAUGUUGAAAGCAGCAGAUGAUAUUACUGAAACGACUAAUAAGGAGAUUGGAUUUCAACAACAAACUUCUAUGGACGACGUUCCGUCGCCGUCAAUGGAUAUAGUGGAAACCGGAUUUCAAUUAAGAACUUCAUAUACUGAUGAUGCAUCUAAUAUUGGCCAAACAGCUGGUCAUGAUUACACAUAUUCCACUGUACCUGCACAUAUUUCAAAUAGUCUGUCUUCAGCCAGUGGAAGCAGAAUGAGAGGAGUUUAUCCAUCACGAUCUCGAUUAGUUAGACACCAAAUUCUUUCAGGACCAAUGCAAAUGAAUCAACCACAAGUCCCAAAACCUAACUUAUCAGUAUUUCGUCAGAAAAUUCAAGAUACAAUAUCUAAAUCCAUGAAAGAGAAUGAAAACGGUGAUAUUCCAACAAUCCCUAAACUAAUGUCGUCUCCGAAAGGUUCUAAAAAAGAACUAUCGCCAAGUCUUUCCAAACUUGUAUUAAAAAUGUUUAUGAAUUCAAAAUCAACAGCAGAAACUUGUUCAGAACCACAAAAGUCAGUUUGUUCUCCUGUUACACUGUGGAGUAAAUAUCAGCAGAUUGCCGAUUGGUGCAAUUCUCUUUGCCAAUAUGGAAAUUGUCCGUCUGCUGUUUGCACCUGCAAGUGUAAGGCACCGUCGAAUUCAGUAGAACCGAAAGUCUGUAGAGCACAAAGUUCAUACAAGAAACAAUCAGGGGAACUCGAUCAGUGGUGCCAAAACUCUUGUUCUUCAGGAGAUUGCCCGGAACUUUUGUGUGUAUGUUCAUAAAGAGCAAUUUACCGCUACUAGUCUCGUUGCAACCUGGCAGACAUAUCCCAAACAACGUUUGCAGAUUGUUACAGUACAUUAUGAGGCUGAAAAUUAAGUUACCUGGUUAUUUAAACAAUUUUAAUAAUGAAGUGCCAGUAUUCAGUUAUCUAUCUUAACGUUCACCAAACAGCCGAACUAUUCUUACAGUAUAUACAAAUAUAUGAGGGAAAGUGCAAGAAACAAUGCUGCUUUAAAGAGAUAGAUUCAGUUUCCCUGAAUAUAUUUCAUGCUGUGGCCAAUACAAAAAAAAACUAAAAGUUAGAGUAUCACACCUUUAUAUGUUUGCUUUGAGUUUUUAAGAACAUCAUUUUAUGUAUAUGGUUGUUUAAAUUGAAAAUUUUAAAAUAUUGCGAUAAGAUUUGGGUGUAUAAAUGGUUAUCAUGGCCAAAAUCAUUUUUUGGGAUAUUUGUUUAACAGUGCUAUUCAAUUUUAUAACUGAUUUUGGUCUUACAACUGUUUGCUUCGAGGGUUUAUGCUGAGAUUUAUGUAAACGAUAGAAGGUCUGUGCCUUAAAUAUUAACUCUGGUAUCUAUAUUGAGUUGUUUCGCCAAAUGAUUUCCAACCUUUAGUAAAGCAAGUUCAAGGGAAAUAUGCCAUUACUUCUUUGUCCUAUCCUUCUGUAUUACAGAUAGAACCAUAUUUAAUUACGAUUAUGAUGAAA